GUCACGCGAUUGCGAACACUGCCUCAGUAUCAGAAAAGGCGAUUUCGUUCAAACCCAAAAUAUCGUCGCAGAAUAGUUCACGAUGAACGCCCAAACGCCGGUCUUUGUUAUGAAUACUGCGCCCGAACGGCAAUCGGGACGCAAAGCACAGACAUCGAAUAUCCAAGCUGGAAAGGUUGUUGCCGAUGUUAUAAGAACAUGUCUUGGACCAAAGGCUAUGCUCAAGAUGAUACUUGAUCCUAUGGGUGGCAUUCUUCUUACCAAUGACGGGAACGCGAUACUCCGUGAGAUUGACGUUGCACAUCCUGCCGCCAAGAAUAUGAUCGAUCUAAGCCGGACGCAGGAUGAAGAAGUUGGAGAUGGCACAACAAGCGUUAUCAUUCUGGCAGGAGAAAUUCUCGCUCAGGCUCUUCCUCUUCUCGAAAGGAAUAUGCAUCCCGUAGUCAUCAUAUCUGCCUUUAACAAAGCACUCAAAGAAGGGCUAGACAUUAUUACCCGCGUUUCGGUCCCUAUCGACACAUCCAGCGACGCAGAGAUGCUUAAUCUGAUCAAGACUUCAGUUGGAACGAAGUUCGUCGCAAGGUGGUCUUCCCUUAUGUGCAAUCUUGCUUUGCAGGCUGUACGGACAGUCAUGCGCGACGAUGAUGGGAUAAAAACGGUUGACAUAAAGCGAUAUGCUCGUGUUGAGAAGGUUCCAGGAGGCGAAAUCGAAGAAAGCAGAGUUAUCCGUGGCGUAAUGCUCAACAAGGACGUCACGCAUCCAAGUAUGCGAAGACGAAUAGUUAAUCCUCGCAUCAUACUUCUGGAUUGUCCUCUUGAGUACAAGAAAGGCGAAAGUCAGACCAGCAUGGAACUGUCGAAGGAGGAGGACUGGGCCCGAGCACAAGAGAUCGAGGAGGAGCAGGUGCAGCAACUAUGCCAAACUCUGAUCUCCUUUAAGCCCGAUCUCGUCAUUACCGAAAAGGGCGUGUCAGACAUUGCGCAGCAUUACCUCUCGAGAGCUAGCGUGUCUGUCCUUCGUCGGGUCCGCAAAUCCGACAACAACCGUAUCGCUCGAGCUGUUGGAGGCACCAUCGUGAAUCGCGUUGAGGAUCUCCGUGAUUCAGAUGUCGGGACGGGUUGUGGGCUCUUCUAUGUAGACAAAAUGGGUGAUGAGUACUUCUCAUUCAUCACCGAGUGCUCUGCCCCUCGCGCAUGUACCAUUCUCCUCCGUGGCCCUUCGAAAGAUAUCCUCAAUGAAGUGGACAGAAAUCUCGCGGACGCUAUGUCCGUCGCACGUAACGUUUUCUUCAAUCCUCGUCUUGCUCCUGGAGGAGGCGCCACCGAGAUGGCAGUGAGUGUAGGGUUGACAGCGAAAGCACGGACAAUCGAAGGCGUCGAGGCUUGGGGCGUGAGAGCAAUAGCGGACGCUAUGGAAGUUAUCCCACGAACACUGAUACAGAAUGCGGGCGGUAAUGCCAUCCGGGCGUUGACUGAGUUAAGAGCAAAGCAGGUCGUUGGGGGGCACAUGUGGGGUAUCGAUGGUAAUACAGGCAAACUUGUUGACAUGAAAAAGUAUGGACUCCUUGAAUCUGCUAGUGUUAAGAUCCAGACCCUUAAAACCGCCAUCGAGGCUGCCCGCGUAUUGCUCCGAGUAGAUGAUAUUGUACAGGCUCGUCGACAGGACAAGGAUCGUGCCGAGGGCGGGGGUGGACCGGCCCCAGAGACGGAAGGGAUGGAAUCCUAAAUGUCGUAGCGCGCAAUCAAAUACAGACGUUUAAUCCCUGAGGGAACACGCGUGUAUUUUAACCCGUACCGAUUCUCCUGCAAGAUGGAAAUCGAUGUGGAGUGCGAGGAAAAGCCGGACAGAAACGGGGGAUCUAAUGGCUAGUACACAUAAAUCGUAGCACAAGGAUGGGUGAAUGCAUGCAAUGAUGGGUAUAGUGAGUCGUGGAGGAUUGAAAAGAAA